GUAGCGACUAAGACAGAAAAACAUAAAUAAAACUCGUUCCGGAUACUAAAUAUGUUCCAGUUCCGGGAGAUUCCUGUGGUUCAGUCCACUGUCUAUACGAUGCUCCUGUACAGUCAGUCGUAGUUUUGUGAUAAAUGUUUUGAAAUAUGCCUUCGCAUAAGAAAAUAGUUCCAAAAAAGCGCCAGUCUCUACACGUAUGGAAACAGAAGGAGACUAAGGAGAAUUCAACCAGAAAAAGUGAUGAUGUUUCACAGAAAACACACUGCUUUCUAUGCAAUGAAGGUCUUAUUGAAGUUCAUCCUGUUGGAAACAGUGAGACAACUGUAAUACAUGGAUGUAAAAUUUGCCAGUUCCGAUAUUUAGGCAUUAAAGAUGGCGAGCUUGUGACUUUGUACUGUAUCUACUGUUACCAGAACUUUAGCAAUAGCAAAAACUUUCAGGAACAUACAACGAAAGAACAUUCUUGUUUUCUUAAAAAUUCAUCACCUGACAGUAUACGACUAACCAGACAAAAUUCAUGUGCCAGUGAUACAACAACAGUUCUCUCCGACACAGAGGUGCCAUCGGAAGAAAGCUCACUAAAGAGAGACGACACGAUCAUACUGGAAGUGCUGGAUGAUAAUGUUACAAAAUCUGAUCAAGUCUUGAUCACUGGAUCUUCAUCCAUGGAAAGGAUACCUACUAUUGAUUUGCAAGCAUUGUGUCAGAACAUUAUUGGAUCCCAGAGGUCUUCAGUGGGUAAGCUUGCCAGUGAUGAUACCAUUGACCGCAUCCUCCCUGGGUUCAGCAUGUCCCUCAUCAACCUUCUACAAGAUGAUCAAGUAUUGGUGCUCAAUGAUCCAAAGCAAGGAGCAUCAUUCCAGAUUCGAAGAACCCCGAGCUUGUCCACUCCUACUGUUGACAUCAACAUAGUUCAAGAAACUCCCUCAAAUUCGGAAAGCGAGAGUUCAAAGCAGAGAACAUCAGAGGAACAAAAUCAACCACCGAAGGAAAGUGUGGCCAUGUCAAGACCAACGCGUAAAAGGCGAUCUUGCGCCAAGGUAGAGGAUGAAGCACAAAAGAAGAGGGGAAGACAUGUUGAAAGGGAGAUCCACAAAUGCCCAGAUUGUGACAAGACAUUUAGUCGGCGAUAUAACUUAAAAAUUCAUCGUUAUGUUCAUUCUGAGCAAAAGAAAUUGGAGUGCACCCAGUGUAAACAACAGUUUAAGCACGUCAGUUUACUCCGUAAUCACAUGCGGAUAAAGCACGAAGGCGUAAAGCCUUAUAAGUGUGAUAAAUGCGGCCAGGGCUUCAUUCAGAACAACUACCUCCAGCGCCAUAUGUUGCUUCACACUUCUGAGGUUUGCAAAUGUUGUAACAAGAAGUUUGAGACACGGAGGGAAUUCAAUGCCCAUGUAAGAAAGGUCCAUGUUCGCCCGGAUUCCUCAAAAUACUGUCAGGCGUGUGAUGAAACCUUUGUUUCAUUGCUCGAACUCUCAAGGCAUUUGCUGGGGGUAACUGCAGAUAGUUCAGAGUAAAAUCAUUGCACCUGGGGCUUAUGAUACCCAUUAAAUAACAUACAAUGUAGAUCUGUUGAUAGAUAAGAUUGUACAUUUUUUACAUGCAUGUAACAAUAUGAAAUUAGACCCCAAAAUAUGACUUAAUAGCCAAAUUAAUAUAGUCUAAGUACUUGUUCCUUUGAUAACGAUAAAAUUGUGAAAAAGUAUUACAUAUAGGUUGUUGCAUACACUCACAACUGUUAUAUGGUCACAACUCUACUAUCCUUAUUUUUCAUCUUGUUGGCAUCUUUGCUAGCCAAGGGUUUCUGAUUUGCACUGCUUCUCACAAACAAGUGGUACGGAUCAGAAACCCUUGGCUUGCAAAGAUGUCUUGGUGGAUAAUUUUUUAGAAAUAGGUAUGUAUUGAAAUAAUUACUUUUGGCAAGUUCUUGAAGUUUGCCUUCUAUCAGUAUAAAAAUAUUUUUUAAAGCUAACCAUUGAAAAAUUAAAAAAUUUUUGACAUCAAUCAAAAUAUGGAUGAAAAAAAUAAGAGAUCAAGUCAUCCCCCAGAAAUUAUCUCUGCAAAAAAUUAUUAUGAAAAAGGGUGGAGGGUUAUAGUAAGGAGCUUUGUAUUUUCACCAUUAGAUUGGUCAUUUGCAAAAGUCAAUUUUAUAUGUUUACUUUUAAUGACCCCUGUAUUCUUUCCAUGCCUUUGUACGGGAUGGGAGAAAUAAUGACGGACCAGACUGGGAUUCGAACCCUGAAUCUCUGGUCAGGUGCUCUACUAAAUGAGCUAUCUGGCACGAGUAUUCGAGCUGGUCUGACCAUCACACCUUUAUAACGUCAAAUAACAAAUUAUUGCCAGAAUUCAUAGAGCAGCAUAGAAAAUAGUCUUAUGAUGUUAUUUCCCUUUGAGGAGACAGAGAUUUGAUGCUUAAUUUUUGUUGACAAUAGUAUGAACUGUUACUUAGUUUGUGUAAAGGUUUCUGGUACCAUUUUAUGGAUUGAUACCAAAACUUUACACAUGGCAUAUUCUUGACUUGAUCAAAUCUUCCAUCACAUUUCCUAACAUUGAUUUUCAUUAAAGAGAGCAUAAACCUGUG